AUGGAGCCUACCGCAGCAAAGCCAACGUAUAAUCGUCCCGCAGCAGAGGACAGAUUAUGGGCUUGUCUACCUAAAAUCUGGAAGUUGAUGGAAAUCACCGGAUGUCCUUCUGUCUCCCUCGGCGUCAUUCACGAGGGCGAGAACAUAAUGCAGUAUAGUCGAGGAGUCGCCGAUACAUCAACAGGUCGCCCGGUCAAUGAUGACACUGUCUACAUGAUCGGAUCACUCACCAAGGCUUUCAUCGCCGCAUCCUGUGGUAUACUCGUCGACGAGGGCAAACUGAGCUGGACCGAACCGCUAUCCACAUACAUACCCUUUACCCAAAACAAGGAUCCUGUCAUAGGCGAGCGUAUGAGUUUGUCAGACGCUCUGUCUCAUUCCAGCGGAUUUCCUCAGCUCGAUAUCGCGUGGUACGGAUCCUUCGGCGAGACACUGAUGUUUCCACAACAUUUACUGCAGAUUACUGCCAACAUGCCAGUUCACGACGAUGCCUUUCGAAAGAAAUUUCAUUACUCCAACUGGCCAUACGCCCUAGCGGGUAAAGUGAUUGAAGCUGUAGGCGGUAAAGAUUCCGCGGGCGGCGGCUGGGGGCGGUUCGUAAAAAGGAGGAUCUUCAAUCCGCUAUGGAUGACUCGAUCGACUUGUUCGCGAAACGACAUUCAGGGCGGUAAUUUGGCUGAGCCGCAUAUAGUCCUGGGCGAUGGACAUUGCAACGUUGCGGGUCCAGAGCGUUUACCUGCGCCUCAAGUUUCAGACAGGACUAUUUGCGGAGCGGCAAUGGCGAUGUGGUCGAACAUCCCGGAUAUGCUCAUCUGGUCGCGAGCAGUGAUGGAACGCUUGGAUGAAGAGAAAGCGGGGAACAAGAACAAUUCAACCAGCUUGAUGAACCCGCUCAGGCAUAUCAGUCAAAUCACGUCCCAGAAAUUCCCCGUCACAGAUGACACCGUCAACGAGAACACUUAUGGAUUUGGAUGGGCAAGACACAUGAUCCCUUCGACACAACUCGGGUGGCUCUCCACCAACGGGCCGCAGAAAGACGAUAUCAUCGGUCGAGAAUCGCGGCCGCGACUAACGCUAUACCACGGAGGCCAAGUGACUGGCUACCUGAACUCGAUCUACCUCUUCCCAGAGACCAAAUCAGCUGUAGUGGUCCUAACGAACGCGCAGAGCGCUGGAGACUGCUCUGAUCUCGUGGCUCAGAUGCUCGUUCAAUCACUCUUCGACAUGAAACCGGAAGUGGAUUUCGAAAUGAGGGCGAAGAAGGCAUCCAUCAGUAGUCUGAGCCUUCAUAUGAAGAUGCGAGCGGACUGGCAUCGGAACCGCAGACCAAUGACGCCCCAGCCUGAGCUCGGAGGCUUCAGGGGCAGUUACUGUAACGAUGAUAUAAAGGGACUCAUUCAAGUGCGCACGAACAGUGAGACCCUUCGGUUGGAGAUGAGGCGGAAUGGUAGUGAUACGCAGCGGCAUCACCUUCUACACUAUCACGACGACACGUUUAGCUUUUGCCCGGAAGACAUGAAACAGAUCCAACGGAGAUGCUUGGUAGAUUACUCGAGCUACGAACAAUUUCUUCUGGUAUUCAUACGCGAUGAAGAGGGUACGGUUAUUGGUUUGGACUGGGUGAUGCAGGAGGGAUUCAAGCCGUUGCGUUAUAUUCGCCAGAGAACCGCCGCAGUUAGCGGACCCCCUGUAUUACGUCAAUCCCCUGUUGAGGAUGAGAAACGCAACGAGUAA